GUGGUUUUACUAAUCUUCAAAACGUAGGUUAAAAGAAUAUAACCCUACUAUUUUGAAGAAAAUCUGGCUUGUUUGUUUGAAAUAAAUUCCCUUUCUAUUAAAGUAUAUUCAGCUGCAAAAUAUAUUACACAAUAGACUAAAUCGAGCUCACUAUUAACUGACAUCAAAAGAACUCAUACUGUAUACCUCACUUAGUUAACAUGGCCAAGAAUGCUAAGCCAAUUCUAAGCCUACAACAGUUCAUGUUAAAACAAGAAGUAAAAAAUUUGUAUAGGCAGUUGUUUCGAGCAAUAAAAGAAGUGCCAGACAAAAGCUAUCAGUUAGAGUUAAAGGAAUGGACUAGAACGGAAUUUAGACAAAACGCUCAACAUACUGAUGAAAUAGUGAUUAAAAUGUACUUGCAAUAUGGAAAAAGAUCUUUACGUCAAUUGGAAAACAGUGUAGGUUUAGCCAAAUAGGUCUAGUCACGACGAGUCAAUUUAGCCAAUGAAAACUAAGAAAUGCAAAUAAUAAGUCAUAUGGAGUGGUUUUUCAUAUACAGGAUGUUCGACAACAACGUAUAGAGUCCAAUAAACGAAAAUAAUAAAAUAAAAA